GGCACCAUCAUGGCGCAGAGGAGGCCGAGGAGAACUGCUGUGGAACCAAACUUUCCUUUCGGCUCGGUUCGGCUCGUCUUCACGGUGCUUUAAGGGCUGACUUCGUCAUCAAUUGGUUCGGGUUCUGUUUGAUGAAAACUUCAUUCUAAGCUGGACGGCCGGAGACUCACAGAAGAGGAGAUGGAGAAGCCGGUUCUGCAGACGCAGCCAUCCACCUUGCCCUUUUUUGACACAGCCCACGCCUUCAACCUGCUGAGAGGAAUCCAUGAACUGCGUGCCGAGAGGAAGUUUUUUGAUGUGACUUUGUGUGCCGAAGGUCGAGAGUUUCACUGUCACCGCACGGUGCUGGCUGCUGCCAGCACUUACUUCCGGGCCAUGUUUGCGGGAACGUUGAAGGAGAGUGUAAUGGACCGGGUGGUCCUACACGAGGUGUCAGCUGAACUUCUCGGUCUUCUGGUGGACUUCUGCUACACGGGGCGGGUCACAGUCACGCAGGAUAAUGUGGAUCUUCUUCUUAAAACAGCAGAUUUGUUUCAGUUCCCCUCGGUCAAAGAGGCCUGCUGUGCUUUCCUGGAGCAGCGGCUGGAUGUGUCCAACUGCUUGGAGAUCCAGGACUUUGCUGAGGCCUACGCAUGCAGAGAGCUGGCCACCAGCGCUCGCCGCUUUGUCCUCAAAAACAUAAUGGAACUAGCGAAAGGAACAGAGUUCCAGAAGUUACCGUGGAAGCGCCUCCUUGAGUUUGUGUCGGACGACGAGCUGUGUGUGGACAAGGAGGAGACGGUGUAUCAGAUCGCAGUGCGAUGGGUGAAGGCUGACCUCCAACGACGGCUGCACUACUGGCCCGAGCUCCUCCAGCAGGUCCGACUCCCGUUCGUCAGGAGGUUCUUCCUGUUGGCUCACGUGGAGAGCGACCCGCUCGUCUACCUGUCCCCCACCUGCCUCCGCAUGGUGAACGAAGCCCGCAGCUUCCAGUCCUGUGAAUACGACCGCCAUGACAGGCCGUGUCACCGCAUGCGGCCCCGGCCGUCUACGGGCCUGGCAGAGAUCCUGGUGGUGGUCGGAGGCUGCGACCAGGACUGUGACGAGCUGGUCACUGUGGACUGCUACAACCCUCAGACCGGACAGUGGCGCUACCUGGCUGAGUUCCCCGACCACCUUGGAGGAGGUUACAGCAUAGCUGCUCUGGGCAACGACAUGUAUGUCACAGUGAGAUUUGCCGUAUUUUCACAUCACCUUAGUGGAAAAGCUUCAGAGUUCCAGUUUCCAUUUCUGCUUCUUCUUCCUGGUGGUUCUGAUGGCUCCCGCCUUUACGACGGCGUGUGGCGCUACAAGUCCAGUGUGAACGAGUGGACCGAGGUGUCGCCCAUGCUGAAGGCCCGUGAGUACCACAGCUCCUGCGUGCUGAAGGGUCAGCUGUAUGUGGUGGCGUCGGACAGCACCGAACGCUAUGAUCAAGCUCUGGACUGCUGGGAGGCCCUGCCAGCCAUGCUGCACGCCAUGGACAACUGCUCCACCACGGCGUGCAACGGACGCCUGUACGCCAUCGGCUCCCUGACCGGCGAGGACACCAUGGCUAUCCAGAGCUACGACACCGACACAAACCGCUGGACCUUGGUCAACUGUGGACAGCUGCCCCCCUGGUCCUUUACUCCAAAAACUGUGACCCUCAAUGGGCUGGUUUACUUUGUCAGAGAUGACUCCGCAGAGGUUGAUGUUUACAGUCCUCAGAAGAACGAGUGGGACAAAAUUAGCCCCAUGACCCAGGUCCACGUUGGAGGCAGCGUGGCGGUUCUGGGCGGUAAGUUGUACGUGUCCGGUGGUUACGACAACACGUUUGAGCUGUCAGACGUGGUGGAGGCGUACGAUCCCAGCAGCCGUACCUGGACGCUGGCCGGGCGCCUCCCUCAGCCGACCUUCUGGCACGGCAGCGUCAGCAUAUUCCGCCAGUUCAUGCCCCUGGUGUCCAGCGCCUUCGAACCUGUCGAUCUGCCCGAGUCCAACGCCAUCCACCUCCACCGGCAUCAGCGUCACCGAGCRCUCCACAACCUCAACAACAAUCUGAACCAGGAAGACGUCAACGCAGCGCUCUGAGUCAGGCUUCCUGGGUCAAGGACAGUUUACCUCAUUACCUGAGAGGAGGGACAGACUUUCAUUGUCCUUCUUCAUGCUACAUGAUAAUCAGCAUGCUGGCACCAAAUACUAUUAUGUUAUAUUUUAUUGACUUUGGUUUGUCAUGAAAACAGCCGGAGAAAAACUUCAACAGUUGCCUGUGGCAGCAGUGRUUCUCCAACAAAGCUCCAGCACUUUACUUUUUGUCUCGUAGUUCCACAUGUUGUCAAACAUCAACUGAAUUCACUGAAUGAUCUGGCUGUGGUGUGGAGUUCUGUGAUUCCAAGCCUCCAAAGACAAAACAUAAAAACUAACCUGAUGCACCCUAACUGUCCUCCAUGUGUCAGCAGCAUACAUACCUACAGUUCUCCAGAGGAGCCUUCCAGCUGCUGUGUUAAAUCAU